AUGAAUGCGUUUAAAAACCACCGUGUCAUCGUCGCGUCCUUGUUUCUGCCCGACACGGUUGUUAUUGCCACGGAUUCGCCCAUUCCAACACCAGACACUACUCGGACCCCGCCAUUCACCGUGCCAGAUGUCCUUAAACGGGUCGAAAUCGUGGCUAAGGCAGAGCCCCGUCGACUCGGAAGCAAUCCACCAGCUCGGAGUAUUGUGGACGACCUCGUUAAUGUGAAGACGCGAAACCCCACACCAGUUGCCUCCCCUCGCCAAGAGAAUAUAAAUCCGUUCAAUGCGCGCAAAUACCAGACCACCCAUAGCGAAAGCCGUCUCCGUCUCAGUCGCAAACCCACCUCCCGCUCCUCCUCCCGUCGACCAGAGUCAGAACGGGGUGUACGAGAUGAAUGGCAUGUCGAGCAUAACGCCCACUGUAACGGCGGCCUCCAUAACGCGGUCGUUAGCAUGGGUGACAAGCUCAAGAAAAAGCUCUGGGUUGGCGCUCUCGGCACUCAUACCGAUUCUUUCUCCGAGCCCCUUCGUCAAGCAGUCGACCGCCGAUUGCUUGUCGAAUACGGGUCAGUGCCAGUCUGGAUACCUGACGCUGAAUUUGAGAGCGCAUACGACGAGUUUUGCCACCAAGUUCUCUGGCCCAGCCUCCAUUACGCCAUUCCAGACGCGCCCAAGACAAAAAUGUUCUACGAGUCCGCGUCGUUCAAGCAAUACGUCGCUGUCAAUCAACGUUUCGCCGACGUCAUUGCAGCCAACUACCAAGACGGUGACAUCAGUGCGUUUUUCUUCUCCUCCUCUUUUCCUAGUCUCAUGGCCAAUUAUCAGUAUGGGUCAACGACUAUCACCUUAUGCUCCUUCCCGCAAUGCUCCGCGCAUCACCAAAAAUUCCCUCUCAUGCUCCCGUCGGCUUUUUUCAUGCAUGUCGCCUUCCCAUCCUCAGAGAUAUUCCGUUGUCUUUCGGUUCGGCGCCAGCUCCUUAGUGGGUUACUCGCUGCGGAUCUAGUUGGCUUCCAAACCGCCAACUAUGCUCGCCAUUUCCGGCAAACCGUCAGCCGGAUCAUGUCCUAUGAGGCGUUGCCACGGGGAAUUCAGCUGGUCGAAGGCCAAGGAGAAAAUCGCCGGUCGCGUUUCGUCGAUGUUGGUGUCUUCCCGAUGGGAAUUGAUGUGCAGCAGUUGCAGGAAAAGAGACGCGACCCAGAUGUUGCCGAAUGGGUUCAAGUCCUCAAACAGCGCUAUGCUGGAAUGAAAAUCGUUGUUGGCCGAGACAAGCUUGACGAAAUUCAAGGCGUGCGCCACAAACUGUUGGCUUUCCAAGCUUUCCUCGAAAAGUACCCCGAAUUCCAGAACAAGAUCGUUCUCAUCCAAGUCGCGCUCCAAACGACUUUGACCGACUUGGCGGGGAACAUUGCCGAUAUUGUCACUCAUAUCAACUCACGGUUCUCAACGCUUACUUGGCAGCCUGUCGUCUUUCUUCCGACCCAGGAUCUGACUUUCAGUCAGUAUCUUGCGCUGCUCACUGUUGCGGAUGCAUUCCUCGUGACUAGUUUGCGGGAGGGCAUGGCUCUUCGAACCCACGAGUUUGUAGAGUGCCAAGAAGGCCGCCAUCGACCACUGAUCCUGAGUGAGUUCACUGGCUCUUACAGCUACAGUGGAUUCCGCUCCUGCAUCGCCAUCAACCCUUGGGAUACUCGCGGGACUGCUGAAGCUAUUCACCAAGCCCUUACCAUGAGUGACGAUGAGGCGCUCUCGCGAUGGGAGGACCUACACAGUCAUGUGACGACGCAGACUGGACAGGCGUUUGUGACAACCUUCCUGUCUCGAUGCCUCCGGGCCCAUACGGAGCAGCAUCUACAGACCCAACAAGCGGCGCCAACGCUCGAUAUGAGUAGUGUUCUACCCCGUUACAAGCACUCUGCGAAACGUUUACUGCUUCUCGAUUUCGAAGGCACCCUCUGGACUCGGCCCAAGCCAGGUGUCCCGCCCGAAACACCGGAUGCAGGGCUCGAGCGCGCCAUUGACCUCCUCCGAAAAUUUGCAGCGGAUCGACGGAACAAUGUGUGGUUAUUGAGCGGGCUUCCUAUUACAGGGGUCCUAAGCCGGAUCGCAAAGGAGGUUCCUCUUAUCGGCAUUGUAGCUGAGAAUGGCUGCUUCAUCCGCCCCAGGACGCCAAUGUCCCGUUCUUCGUCCGGCUAUGGUGUCAAUGGCCACGGCAUGCGUCGUUCGGGGUCAGAUUUGAUACCUGUAAACACGGCAGCGUCUGUGCCUGGAGGGUGGAUCAGCAUGGUUGCGAACUUCAAUCUUACUUGGAAGAGUGCUUGCGCUGAGAUAUUGAACUACUUCACGGAGCGAACACCCGGGUCUUUCGUGGAGGAACGCGAUGCUUCUAUCGUCUGGCGCUUCUGGACCGGGGAAACUAUGAAGGACUGUGGUGACCGCCAUUGGGCUUUGCGUCAAGCAGCGGAGGCGCAAAACCACAUCUUCGACAGUCUGGGUGAACGAUACGGACUGCGUAUCAUUCCUGGCGAUAAUAGCUUCUUGGUGCUCCCCAACAAUGUCUCCCGAUCAACUGCUGUCGGCGCCAUCUUACAUCCUGGCGGACCUGCUGCCACAGCCUUGCAACGCGGAGGGUGGAUGUCCCCCAGCGCCGAUGAUGACGGUAUCGCCAACGGUGACCUCGAUCUCGUGCUCGCCGUCACAGGCGAUGAAAAGCUUAUUCGUCGCUUGAACGAGUUUGAGACGGCAGAGACGGUUGCCACGGGCGGCAAAGCCACUGACGCGCGGUGGAAGCUCGAAAAUGGAAAAUUGGUGGAGGCACUGACCGUGUUUGCGAGCGUUGCGACUUGA